CAAAACAAGGAGUUUAGUUCACUGAAUAUAAUUUUUUACCAUAGGGACCUAUUGCUGCCAAUCUUGCUCAACUGUUGUCCGGGUAGGCUACCCGCUAAGUCAUAAAACCAGACAGUUGGCUAUUAAUUCAGAAUUUUAGACUUUUUUUAUAUAGUGGAUUUCAAAAUGUUGUUUAAGUUGGUCUUAGCAUUGUUGCUUGUGUUUUGUGCUGAGGCGCAAGAUACUCGACAGAUUUUGUUAACUUUGCGCUCGGUUGGAAAUUCUGAGAAGGGAGCGCAAGGUCCACCGGGUCGUCCAGGUAGAAGAGGGCCACCUGGAUUGAAAGGAUCAUCUGGACCUGUUGGCGUACUCGGUCCCAAGGGAGAAAAAGGAGAAUGCACUACGAACAGUGCAUUCGUUAAUAAUGCUAUACAGGAGAUGGAAAAUCGGUUCAGCAGGUUAAAAAAUCAAAUGGAAACUCUUUUUCAAACUGGUGUUAAACAAAUUAAUGGAAGAUCUUGGUUUUCUGCUGGAAAUGGUUAUUUAUAUCUAACUUUGCCAGCAUCAAACUAUCAAGCUGCUAAUCGUUCGUGUGCAGCAAUCGGUGCAAGAUUGGCUGUUGCUGCUCCGAGAAAUAUGAACAUAACGAGAAUGAUUAGAAAUCAAUUUGGUAUUACAUCACAAUACACCUGGAUCGGUCUUAAUGAUAUUGAACAAGAGAAUACUUGGGUUUGGGAAAACGGGGAGCGUCUUUUAAGCAGCGAUGCAAACUGGAGCUCUGGAGAACCAACAAAUUGGAAUGGACAAGUCGUCGAAGAUUGUGUGAUGUUGUAUCAUUCAGGAAAAUGGAAUGAUGCUUCAUGCGAUCACAUGCAUAUACCGCUUUGCGAAGUGUCAGUUUUUGAUACAUAAUGCCGUAAUGGGCUCCAAAUUGGGCACGUCAUUUUAAUAAGCCACUCGUGUAAACCAUACAACUCUUUCUUUUUACGCAAA